GCUGAGCGCGGAAGGCCGAGGGGUGGGGAUCUUGGGUGGGCUGCCCCCUCCCGCUCGGACCCGUUCCGCACCCCGCGGAAAGCCGGCGCUGCCAGCUGAAUCACUCCCCUUUCAGGAGGGAAGGGGGAUAAGGGUAACUAGCCCUUUCUGCGUAAAAAAGCAAAAGGACAUCGUGGGUAGCUUCACAGCCGCUCCGUCCCACGCCUGGACCAUGUCCCCCUGCAUCUUCCUGCUCAGCCACAGGCGAGGACUCGAUUUCUUGAGCUGAGCGCUAAACCUCGUCGACUUUUCUUCUCCCCAACAACUGAAUCAUGCCAUGUGCCCAGAGGAGCUGGCUUGCAAACCUCUCCAUCGUAGCUCACCUCCUUCACUUUGGGGCCCUUUGCUAUGGGACACAAGCUCAGACAGGCCCGGUGCACUUCCCGGACAGGAGGCAAGCGCAUUUUAUCAAGGCCCUGCCAGAAUAUCAUGUGGUGGCUCCUGUCCGCGUAGAUGCCAGUGGGCAUUUUCUAUCCUAUGGCCUGCGUCAUCCCACCACCAACAACAGGAGGAAGAGAGAUUUGGAUGGCCCAGAGGAUCGGGUGUACUAUAGAAUUUCACAUGAGGAGAAGGACCUGUUCUUUAACUUAUCAGUCAAUCAGGGAUUUCUUUCCAAAAGCUAUAUCGUGGAGAGGAGAUACGGAAACCUUUCCCGUGUUAAGAUGGUGGCUUCCUCCGCACCCCCCUGCCAUCUCAGGGGCACAGUUCUGCAGCAGGGUACCAGAAUCGGAGUUGCAGCACUCAGUGCCUGCCAGGGACUGACUGGAUUUUUCCAUCUACCACAUGGAGACUUCUUCAUUGAGCCUGUCAAAAAGCAUCCACUGGCUGAAGGAGAAUACCACCCACAUAUCAUUUACAGGAGGCAGAGCGUUCCAGAGCAGAAGGAACCAACCUGCGGAUUAAAGGACAGUCUUGCCACCUCCCAGACACUAGAGCAACAGCGAGAAAAGUGGGAGAGGAACCACCGGCCCAGCAGAGGCCUGUCUCGGCGUUCCAUCAGCAAAGAGCGAUGGGUGGAGACGCUGGUGGUGGCUGACACGAAGAUGAUUGAGUACCAUGGCAGUGACAGUGUGGAGUCCUAUAUCCUCACCAUCAUGAACAUGGUCACUGGCUUAUUCCAUAACCCAAGUAUUGGCAAUGCAAUUCACAUUGUUGUGGUUCGGCUCAUUCUACUUGAAGAAGAAGAGCAAGGAUUGAAAAUAGUUCACCAUGCAGAGAAGACACUGUCCAGCUUCUGUAAGUGGCAGAAGAGCAUCAAUCCCAAGAGUGACCUUAACCCCACCCAUCAUGACGUGGCCGUCCUUCUCACCAGAAAAGACAUCUGUGCUACCAUCAAUCGCCCCUGUGAGACUUUGGGGCUGUCCCACCUGUCGGGAAUGUGCCAGCCCCACCGGAGCUGUAACAUCAAUGAAGACUCUGGACUCCCUCUGGCUUUCACAAUUGCCCAUGAGCUCGGACACAGCUUCGGCAUCCAGCACGAUGGGAAGGAAAAUGACUGUGAGCCUGUGGGCAGGCACCCUUACAUCAUGUCCCGCCAGCUCCAGUACAAUCCCACCCCACUCACGUGGUCCAAGUGCAGCAAGGAGUACAUCACCCGCUUCCUGGACCGGGGCUGGGGGUUCUGUCUUGAUGAUGUCCCCCAAAAGAAAGGCUUGAAGUCCAAGGUCAUUGCCCCUGGAGUGAUCUACGAUGUUCAUCAUCAAUGCCAGCUGCAGUAUGGCCCCAAUGCCACCGUCUGCCAGGAAGUAGAAAAUGUCUGCCAGACUCUGUGGUGCUCAGUGAAAGGCUUUUGUCGCUCUAAGCUGGAUGCCGCUGCCGAUGGGACCCGCUGUGGUGAGAAGAAGUGGUGUAUGGCUGGCAAGUGUAUCACAGUGGGGAAGAAACCAGAGAGCAUUCCUGGAGGCUGGGGCCGCUGGUCACCCUGGUCCCACUGCUCCAGGACCUGUGGGGCUGGAGCCCAGAGUGCAGAGAGGCUCUGCAACAACCCUGAACCAAAGUUUGGAGGGAAGUACUGCACCGGAGAAAGAAAACGCUAUCGCUUGUGCAAUGUCCACCCCUGUCGCCCAGAUGUACCAACGUUUCGGCAGAUGCAAUGCAGUGAGUUUGACACCGUUCCCUACAAGAAUGAAUUCUACCGCUGGUUUCCAGUUUUUAACCCAAGUUAUGUUGACAUUGGACUGAUUCCAAAAGGAGCAAGGGACAUCAGGGUAAUGGAGGUUGAGGGAGCUGGAAACUUUUUGGCCAUCAGGAGUGAAGACCCAAAAAAAUAUUACCUCAACGGAGGAUUUAUUAUCCAGUGGAAUGGGAACUACAAGCUUGCAGGGACCGUCUUCCAAUAUGACAGGAAAGGAGACCUGGAGAAACUGAUGGCCACAGGCCCUACCAAUGAGUCGGUAUGGAUCCAGCUUCUGUUCCAGGUGACUAACCCUGGCAUCAAGUAUGAGUAUACAAUUCGGAAAGAUGGGCUUGACAAUGACGUGGAAAAACUGGUGUACUUCUGGCAGUAUGGCCACUGGACAGAGUGCAGUGUCACAUGUGGGACAGCACAAGGAGGGGCGUCCCCACAGGCACACAGCAGGCGGGAGCCAACCGGAGCCAGCUCUCCUGUCACGGCCACCUCACACGCUUCGUCCCAGCACAAUGUCCCAGGCUGGCUUUCAUACUCAGAUGCCAGUGAUCACAUCUCAUCGUUUAAAAUUGUCAGAGGAAGUCAUCAUACAUGCUCUGUUUCCUGUGGUGGUGGAGUGCGGAUUCGCAGUGUCACGUGUGCCAAGAACCAUGAUGAACCUUGUGACGUGACGAGGAAACCCAAUAGCCGGGCUCUUUGUGGCCUCCAGCAAUGCCCAUCUAGCCGAAGAGUUCUGAGGCCCAGUAAAGGCACAGUUUCCAGUGGGAGAAAGCUACCAACGUCUGAGCAGGACCCCUUAAAGCCCAUUCCUCCAACCACAUCCAGUCCCAGAACGCUGAGCACACCCACAGUGCCUCAGUUUAUGAGUACAAGUGCCCCGGCCAUCAGCAGCCCUGCUCCUACCCCAGACCCCAAAGAAGGAGACUCGGAUGGGAAAUGGUGGCAGAACAGUUCCAACCAAACUGAACCGGGCUCCAAUUAUGUCGUUUCUACUGGAAGUACUUCCCAGCCCAUCCUCACUUCCUGGCCUUUGAGUGUCCAGCCAAAUGAAGAGAACGUUCCCAUUUCAGACCCAGGUCCUACCUCAGAGGGAGACUUUUUAACCACGACAAUGAGUGGUUCUGAUUUGUUGUCUUCCAGCAACCCUGUGACUUGGCAGGUGACUCCAUUUUAUGAUACCUUGACCAAAGAGCCAGAAGUGGAGAUUCACAGUGGCUCAGGGGAAGACAGUGAACAAUCUGAGGACAGAAAUGAAAACAACUCCAUAACAUGGACCGAAGUCGGAGUACCUGGAAAUGAUGCUUCAGCAGCGCGAAGUACAGGAAUGCCCCUGGGACCCCCACCAACACCUUAUCUCAGGGGGCUGUCCUUGUGGCCACGCUUCAGCACCAGGAUGGAAGGACUCCUACCCAGCCAAAGGCCUGCCACCCUCAAAAAUGGUGCAUCCGGCGCUGAGGGGAUGUUCACUGAAAAGCCAGCCAACUCUCCCUUCCCUCUGGGAGGAGACCACCAGCCAGGGACCUCAGAACAUUCAGUAAACCAUAACCCCCCAGAACUCCCAAGCAACGUGAAUCAGACACAGAGUUCCGAACCAGUCCUGACAGAAGAAGAUGCAAAAAGUCUGAUCGCUGAGGGGUUUCUGCUAAACGCUUCCAAUUACAAGCAGGUCUCCACCGGCGGCAGCCCUGCGUACUGGGUGGUUGGAAACUGGAGUGAGUGCUCCACCACCUGUGGGCUGGGGGCCUACUGGCGAAGCGUGGAAUGCAGCACCCAGAUAGAUUCCGACUGUGCUGCCCUUCAGAGGCCUGACCCUGCCAAGAGAUGCCACCUUCGUCCCUGCGCCACCUGGAAAGUGGGGAACUGGAGCAAGUGCUCCAGAAACUGCAGUGGGGGCUUCCAGAUCCGGGAGAUUCAGUGUGUGGACAGCCGGGACCACCAGAGCCUGAGGCCAUUUCACUGCCGGUUCCUGGCCGGCAUUCCUCCCCCGCGGAGCGCGGGCUGUAACCUGGAGCCCUGUGAGGAGUGGCAGGUGGCGCCCUGGAGCCAGUGUUCCAGGUCCUGCGGGGGCGGAGUUCAGGAGAGAGGCGUGACUUGUCCAGGAGGUCUCUGUGACUGGGCGAAAAGGCCCACGUCCACUGCAGCCUGCAACGGCCACCCUUGUUGUCACUGGGCCACUGGGAACUGGGACCUGUGCACGGCUUCCUGCGGAGGUGGCAUUCAGAAGAGGACUGUGCGUUGUGUCUCCUCGGAGGACAACACAACUGAAGACCGAUGCCUGUGUGAUCAUGAAGCCAGACCUCCAGAACUCCAGAAAUGCGGCCAGCAGGCCUGCAAGAAGAAUGCUGAUUUACUUUGCACUAAGGACAAAUUAUCAGCCAGUUUCUGCCAAACACUAAAAACCAUGAAGAAAUGUUCUGUGCCCACUGUGAGGGCUCAGUGCUGCUUCUCCUGUCCCCAGACACACGUCGUCCACACCCGAAGGCCAAGAAAGCCACAGUCUCUCAGAAACCCCAAAACAUUCUAGAACCGAAGGAAGCCGCCCUCCCCCGCAGACUGCAACAGCAGCCUGCUGACUGUACCACUUUCUCGCCCCAGGGACCACUUCACUGAGGUUUUUCGGGCCCAACUUCGACUCAAAACAAAAUCCACAAGCUCUGUGUUUUUUAAGCCACAAAACGUCCUUGCAAAAGGCGUGGGACUGUGAUAGUUUGCUGUUCCCUGAUAGGCAGGUGAGAUAUCCCAUCUCCUGGGAUCAGCUCCCGGGAAAGAUGCCAAACUAGGUAAGUCAGUGAC